UUACAAAGAUAUCAUGAAGAAAAUGAAGAAACUCGAAAGGAAGUUAGAAAAACGUAAACGCGUUAUCUCUUCUUCGGAUGAUGACAAUUCAUCGUGCAGCGAAAAAAUAUCAGACAUCGCUCCAACAGUAGAAGAAAAUGACAAUGGUAACCAUGAUGUUGAUUCACCAUCACUCCCCUGUACCGAAAACGAUAAUGAUACUGCGGAGCCAGAUACCACGCCAGAUUUAGACCCAGAUAUACUGGAGAUAUUAGGCGAUGACCCGUCAAAAGAUAAUUGUGUAGGCGAAAAACUACACAAAGAUAUAGCGCUCAGAUGGACACAUAUUUUGAAAAAUGGCAUGAGUAAAGAAAUUAAAACCGAAUUGCAAAAACAAUAUUUAGUGCCUGAGAACUGCGACAGCAUUAACCCACCAAAAUUAAACCCGGAAGUUAAAGCUGCCAUAGACGAACAAAACCUUAAAAAAGAAACAUAUAACGAGCAUAAACAAAAACAACUAUCUAACUGUCUAGCUGCAAUCGGUAAAGCACUGAAUAUUGCUCUUAGCAAUGAGGAAACGUCACAGGAUCUUAUAAAACCAUUAAGUGACGCCGGUCGACUCCUGUGCGACCUCCACUACCGAGAAUCACAAUCUCGUCGUUACGCUAUUAUAAACUCACUUAAUAAAGAAGCUAGAGAUACCGUCAAAAAUACCAAAAUAGACGAAUACUUGUUUGGUUCUGGCCUUGGGGAACAUUUGAAAUCAUCAAAGGCCAUUAAGAAAUCGGGUACAGAAAUGAAACCCAAACCGGGACGACCACAGUCUAAACCCUCAACGAGUCAACCUCAGCGCGGGGCUUUAAACGCAAGGGGGGGCUCGCGAGUGCCGGAAUCGCGAACCAAUCCCGGAGUCCGGAAAUACACAACGGCACCAGCAGCGACAACCACGAGGGAUCGUCGCAAGGAGGCGUCGUCGAGGAGAUACAGCAGUCAACGGGGACACAGGCGUUAAAUAAUACUGAACAGAGAGUACCACCCGCUCCACACAGACCUUACCCUGGUAGCAGCGAUGUUAUCAGGGAGGGAUUAACAAGACAGGGCGUCCCUUCGACGUCCAUGAGAAUAGUUAUGGCAUCAUUUGCUCAAAGCACACUAGCUCAAUACAACUCUUCAAUUAAAGCAUGGUGGGAUUUUUGCCAAGGUAAAAAUUUAAACGUUUUCCAAACAACAGUUCCACAUGUAAUGUUGUUUCUGACACAAACAUUUGAAAAUGGCGGUUCAUAUAGUACUAUCAAUACACAUAGGUCAGCAUUGUCCAUUAUCUUAGGUAAACAUGUAACUAAUGAUGACCGCAUAAAUCGCUUACUGAAAGGGGUCUAUAAAUUAAAACCCCCUGCUCCCAAAUAUAACUCUACUUGGGACACUAAUAAAGUCUUGACGUUUUUAUCGAAUUAUUACCCACAUGAAAAUUUAUGUUUAAAAAAACUAUCAAUCAAAACAAUUACUCUACUGGCUAUUGCCUCAGCUCAGAGGAUGCAGACUUUAAGCCUUAUAAAAUUACAAAAUAUUGUUAGUCAAGAAAAUUCCAUAAUAAUAAAAAUCCCUGACAUGAUUAAAACAUCGCGCCCUGGAGCAUGCCAACCGCUCAUCAGACUACCCUUUAUACGAGAGACCCCUAAUAUUUGUCCAGCACUAUCUCUUCAAACUUACAUAAACAAAACAAAAUCCUUGCGGAUUCCAGAAUCGGGUGAUUUUUUAUUCAUAAGUUUAAGAAAACCCCACAAAAAAGUGGGUUCCCAAACGCUCG